AUGGGGAGAGUAAAAUUACAGAUCAAGAAAAUAGAAAAUACAACAAAUAGGCAAGUUACUUUCUCAAAAAGAAGAAAUGGGUUGAUCAAGAAGGCUUAUGAGCUAUCUGUUCUAUGUGAUGUGGAUGUUGCCCUCAUCAUGUUUUCUCCCUCCGGAAGAGCUAGCAUUUUCUCUGGAAGUAAAAGAAGUAGCCUAUCAAAUGCAGAUUCACAAUUUGAGGGAAUUCAAAAAGAAAUCAUCCGAUGCAAGUCCCAGAUGAUAGAAAUGGAAAAGCGUCUCAGGAUGUUUGAAGGGGAUCCUUCUGAAAUUACAGCGUUGUGUGAAGCUGAGUAUCGGGAAGAAGUUCUUCAGGAGACUCUGAAACAUGUUCGUCUUCGCAAGCGCAUAAACAUUAAUAACAUGGUUACUACAAACCCAAGCAACAUGUUUGACUGGCUUCCACCGAGAGAACCUCAAGUGCAGAUCAUGAAUUUUAUGAACUUCAAUGGGAUUCAUCCUCAUAGACAAAAUGAGAAUGCAAACCGAGCUAGUGUGAUUGAGAAUGAUAACAAUGUGAAUGUUCAACGAUCUGAGUUUGGACAAGUUAUUGAUAUGAAUCUAUCUCCAUGGACACAAUUCUAUCCCUCUGGAAGUGGCCCUAUGAUGAUGACACAACCUGGAGAACGGUCAUUCAAUGAAAAUUUCCUCCCGCAAUUUUCUCCAUGA